AUGUCUCAGGAUCCUGAUUAUUACCAGACCGUAUCACUGAAACUGUCAGAGGUGCUCAGUGAUAUUUGUGUCAAUGAAAGAAUGAUUCAGAAGAGGAGGAGGACGGCCUUGUUGUUUGAAACUAUGCAGACUAGUAGUAACAGAUUGCAGGGCAUUAAUGUGUCCAUCUAUAAUUUUGGUAGCCGGUCUGAAGGGUCAACAACAAAAGGACUCAAUUCAGAUAAUGAUACACUCCUGUGCCUAAAUGAGUAUAAUAUGAUACAGGACUGGGGUGAGUGGCAACCUGGCAUGCUCAAUCUACUGGUGAUCCAGGAUGACACCACAUCACCAGGUUACUGUCUACUACAAUGUCUGAGGAUUGAUGAGCCUCUUCCUCUUCCUACUGCUGUACUUGAUAAUGAACAAGACGGAGAUCAUACAGUUAGCAGAGGUAAAGUGCUACUGAAGAACACAGCUUUAAGACAUGCUGUCUUACCAGUAAGUGUAAUGAAUGGUCCUGCUGAAUCAUUACAAGGAAUACCAGGUUUAGCUGAUCAAGAUCAUGUUACAGCAUACCACUGUAAAUCAUGGCCUGUAGAAGCCCGACCAUGGUUAUUACAACAAGGCAUAGGAAGAUGGCCAACAGAAGACAUGAAGAGAUAUUGCGAGACUACUGGAUGUUUUGUUGUACCAGUAAGCAGUAAAAAUGGCCAGAAUGAGCAACUUGAAUGGAGAAUAUCUACUUCCCAGGCUGAAAGAUGUCUCAUGUUUAAUUUAAACAUCACACAAUUAAGAUGUUACAUUCUGAUGAAGAUGAUUCUUAAAACAUUCAUAAAUCCUCAGUGUGAUGGUGUACUUUCAAGUUUCAUGUGCAAAACUGUUUUAUUUCAUUGUAUACAGAAUACAUGUUCAAAUAACUGGGUGAAAUCUAACUUACUUGCAUGUUUGUUGUGCUGCCUUACAGUAUUGCAGAACUUCGUUAGGAAAGAAAACUGUCCACAUUUUACAAUACCUGAAAACAACCUGAUGGCUGGAAGAAUUUCUCCUCAUAACAAACUCAGAAUUCUUGAAAUACUACAAAAGAUCAUACAAAGUGAGGGUCGUGCACUGCUGGAGAUUUCCAUUGAUGACCUUGGUCCAAGACUAAUGGUGACAAUGAACAUGGAUGAAGCUUUUCAGUAUUACCAAACUCCAGCACAAAUGUAUGCCCAUAUUUCAGCAGUUCUGCUAAUUGAUACUGCCUGUACAGUAACUGUCUGUCAAAUGGACUUUUUACGAAAAAUGAGUCAUGAUGGAAAUGCAAUAGUGCGUGAGAAUGUAUCAAACUUUAUGUUAACACUAACUAAAAUGUACAAAGAAGUGGGUUUUAGCAAUUUGGAAAAAUAUGCACUGAAGCUUUUAGCACCUCUAUUUUCAUCUUCCCUAGGAUCUGUGAUAGCAUCUCAUGACAUUUACACUACUCGCAGUAUAUCUCCAGAAGCACUGUCCUGGUUUUCAGUUGGUUUGAACUCAGAUGUGGCAUCUGGUAGACUGAAACUUGCAUCAGCAUUAUAUUGUGUAGGAGAUAUGGGAAGGGCAGAGUUUGUUCUGAGGAGUACAGAAGAAAAGUAUGAUCCGAAUUCUAUUGGACCUUUAUGUAAAUGUUAUGAUCAUCCCAUGUAUUUAAAGCAAGGAUUCACGCAUAAAUGUAACACUGGAAAUGAAGAACUAAUACAACAUUACACAGCAUUUUGUGUUAGAUUUCUGCGAUGUGAAAUUUGCUGUGUUCCUAAAGAGUUACAAUAUGAAAUGUUUAGAUCAACACAAGAGGACAGGCUUGAAAGGAAUGAAAUGGUUGACUACUGGCUGGAUUGGGCUAUAGUGGAUAGUCUCCCUUACCUGUAUUUCCUACAGUAUAAGACCUAUGGUGCUCUUCAUAGAGUGGCAGACCAACAAUGUGCACUUGCAAACCUGGACACUACCUUUGAAAGAGAAUUAAUUCUAGAUCACAGGGAAACAGCACUGAACUUACUAGGACAGUGUAUGGAACAGGAAAACCAACAUAAUGAUGCUUUACGCUGCUAUAUAAUGUCUUUGAAUAUCCGAGCAAGAAACAAUGCUGCAAAUUUUCUUAUUUGCAGACUUCUUUGUGAAAUCGUUAACACAUAA